CACUCGACAACUGCGUACAAGAGAAGGCACUUACUGAAUUAAUAUGGAGAGUGGAGAGGGAGAAGGCUGUUGGAUUUUCAUUUUGCAAUCUCUCCGCCAUCCUCUCCUUGGUGAACACCUGAGAUUCGCAGAUCUCUUACCCUGUGUUUAUCCUCGUAUCCAGCUGUGUUCAUGCACACUCUUCAUGGCCAGUUCAACAUGGGUCUUUCAUAACGGAAAGGGGCUCAGCAGGCAUGGAGCCUCUCAGCCUGCAGGUGCUGGUGGUUGUAACAGGGAGCUUCCUGGGCUUCCGGUGGCUGUUCCACAGAGGUAGUCCUUGGUUGUCUGAGAAGCUCUGCAAAGGCUUCCUGAGGCUCAGACCUACACAAAGGACAGAGUGGAAUUCCAGGGCCGUCUCAACGGUACACGCCUUGGUUGUGGGACUUUUCUGUCUCUACAUAUAUAUAUUUGAUGAACCUAUCCAGAAAGACCCAGUCUGGGGAGAUGCCACACUGGUGAAGCUAAAUGUGGCCAUUACCUCAGGCUAUCUUAUAUCAGAUCUCCUGCUCAUGUUUACUUCAUGGGAGUCAAUUGGAGAGAAAUAUUUUGUCAUACAUCAUUUUGCUGCUCUCUAUGCAUACUACUAUGUGCUGAGUCAAGGAAUAUUGCCUUACUUUGCUAAUUUCCGCCUGCUUUCAGAAUUCUCCACUCCCUUCGUGAACCAGCGUUGGUUUUUUCACAUGUUGGGCUACCACAAACUUUCCAAACCGAGUCUGGUUAAUGGUGUCGCCAUGACUUUUACAUUCUUCUUGGUGAGGAUCGCAGUCAUUCCAGGCUACUACAGCCAUAUGUACUUAGUCUUUGGUACGGAUGACUUCUACCGGUUACCGCUGGGGGGCCGCAGUGCCUGGGUUAUUUCCAGCGUGUCUUUGGAUGUCAUGAACAUAAUGUGGAUGCGCAGAAUCAUCUGCGGAUGUCUCAAAGUACUUCGAUCGGCCUGGUUGAGAAAAGCAGGAACUGAGAUGGAAGUAGAAACUAGAAAGACAGACUGACAUGGAGAUACAGACAGAAAAUGAACACAUUAGCACACAAACCUUCCAACUCGUUUCAUGUCUAACCUGAUGCUGGAGUGCAAAUGCCAUAUAUGUUUUGAUAUUCAUGCUGCUGUAAUGCUGUGGCAUCAUAAUUGUGAGUUUUAAACUGACAGGUCAAGAGCUUGGAAAACCAUUUAUUGUAUUAAUAAUGACUUACAUGAUGUCAUCUUUAAAUAUGGGCUCAACAGGAGGAAUUCAAUCACAGGCACUCCUUUAAAGAAAUCAGGUGAUUAAGAGGCAUGAUGAGAUGGAUCACAAUCAGGACAACAGUUGUGGUUGCACUAUUUAUUAUGAAGCUGCUAUUAAGAUCAACCAACUUGCCUUUAUGAAUGCAAUUAACAAAGCAACAGCACAUCUGAACUUCUACAAAGAUACACAGUGUGUGCCUAUAGACCAUGAUAAACAAUUUUUUGAAACAAUAUGGAUAGGGUUAUACAACCAGAGGAAAUAUAAUGGCCAUUAUAAAUGUAGUGGAAAUGUAGGUUAAAUGUAUGGGUGAAAGAUCCUGCCUUUGCAGCUCAGCACUGCAGCAGGAUAUUAUGCUCAAGAAACUAAUUAUUGCAUAUAUGGCGAAUACUAUAUGGAGAUUAUUAUGUAUGUCUGGAAUGGAAAAUGUAUCGG